GUCUGUCUGUCUGUCUGUCUGUCUGUCUGUCUAUCUGUCUGUCUAUCUGUCUGUACUGUAACUUGUUUUUGGCUCCUGUGUUGUAGGAAUUCUCUCUCUGGUUUUCUUUCUCUCUCUGUAUGUGUGUGUGUGUGUGUGUGUGUGUGUGUGUGUGUGUGUGUGUGUGUUUGUGUCUUUGUCGCUCGGUCCAUUUGCAUGCCAGCUCUUAACAAGCCUGGCUGCUCUUUCUUCACUCUGCAUCCUAAUUACGCGUCUCAAAGAGACUAUGGACGGCUUCUACUUCUGACGACGGCUUCAGGAAGUGUGUUUGUGUGUACGAGUGUUAUUGUGUGUGUGUGUGUGUGUGUGUGUGUGUGUGUGUGUUGAAGAGGCUGAAACCAGUGCUGAAGUUUGUAGGUGUGCGAGCGGAGCGUCCACUCUCCGCUGUUGGAGGAAGCUGAACUUCACCCAAACCGGACCAGGAAAUGGACACAAAAACACUUCAUCAUUGAAAAAGUGGAAUCUUUUCACCACUGAACCUAAUUUACUGCCAAAGAAACACAACUCCGCUGGCAGCACAAUGCCUUUGGUGAUGUUCUGCUUUUGCGUUUGCGCUCGUGCCCGUGAACUGGUCCGCUUUAUUUGAAGGCGCGCGUAGCAUCACGGGAGGAGGGAGGAGGGCUUUUGCGAUGAGGUUGGUUCUGGUCCAACCCACCAAUGAGACGAGUUGCGUGGACUCGACGGUGGGGGCCUCCGCCGUCGCCGCACGCAGCACCGAGAGCGCGCCGAAGCGGGUCGGUCCGCAGCCCGCCGCACGCGACCAGCAGGAGGAGGAGGAGGAGGAGGAGGAGGCGGUGAUGCGGCAUCGAGACUCGCGCGCUGUCCGACAGCAGCAACAGCAGCGACCGCACGCAGCAUCGCCAUCCUCAGCAGCAACGCCGUUUUACACUCUGCCGCCUCCACCGCCACCGCCGCCGUCUCACAGUGCGCGCGGACACCGGAAACCGCCCAGCGCGACUGGACAACUGCAACGGGGCGGCGCACGAGAACCGUCAUCAUCCUCAUCACCAUCAUCACAAAGUCAAGGCGCCGAGUCGAGUAUCGCGAACAGCCAGCGGCGCAACUGCACCUUCACAAAACCGUCGGCACGAGCUCUCGGUUCCGUUUCCCCGGACUCUGUCGGUGACCCCGCCUGGUGCGGCUUGCGAUUGGCGGAGGAUCAGUCUCGAGGGAACCAGUGGAACAAACCUGCGCAUCGUCUCUCGUGCAGCUGCGGAAAAGAAGGCGGGUCGUUGCCGGAAGAGCAGCAACAACUGCAGCAGCCACAACAAACGCUACAGCAGAUCAGCAGCAAUCCGUUCACCGCUCUGCUGCAAAACCAGCCGCCGCUGCCUUCAUCAUCAUCACCGCUAUCUUCAUCAUCAUCAACGCAACAGCAUCAGCAACAGCAUCAGCAGUCGCGCGUUCCCGCGGGCCAGCCGCCCGAAUCCACCGCCGCUCGCGCGCUCCAGGACCCGCAGGCGUCUCGGUUGCAGGUGCAGCAGCAGCGGCUCGUGAGGAGCAGCCUGCCCGAGAGCUGCGCGAGAGCACCGCCGCACGAGCUGUGUGCGCAACGGCCCUGUGGCAUCCAGCAGCAACAACCACAGCAACAGGGCGCGCGAGCGGAAUGGCACCGUGACGGAGACACGAACCCGAGCGCGGAGCACGAGCCUCAGAGAAACCAAGGGCAUCAGGUGAGUGCGGAUGGCAGCAGGCUGAGCCAUGCUUGGUCGUGCUCUUCGCUGUCGCCCAGCGGCCCCGCGCUCCCUCAGAUAGCCAUGAACAGCUGUAAGUACAAUGGCGGCGUGGUGAGACCGUUGGGCAGCAGGAACCUGGCCGAUCUGGACUCUGAGACGCAGCCGCUGCAGACACUCCAUACUUCCGGCCUCGAGGUCGUGGUGUCAAAGGGCAACGGCGACGAGACGGGCAAGCCGCUGCACGAGGAUGCCAGCAACGCCCCGCACAAAAGGAACAAGGACAUCGGCUACAAGCUCGGCCACCGGAGGGCGCUGUUUGAAAAGCGCAAGCGCCUUAGCGACUACGCCCUCAUCUUUGGCAUGUUUGGCAUUGUAGUCAUGGUGACAGAGACGGAGCUCUCGUGGGGGGUUUACACAAAGGAAUCCUCAUAUUCAUUUGCACUGAAAUGCCUUAUCAGCCUUUCCACUCUGAUCCUCCUUGGUCUGAUUAUUAUGUAUCAUGCACGAGAAAUUCAACUUUUCAUGGUGGACAACGGAGCAGACGACUGGCGGAUAGCUAUGACUUACGAGCGCAUUCUGUUCAUUGUGCUGGAGCUUCUGGUGUGUGCCAUCCACCCAAUCCCAGGACAGUACGUUUUCACCUGGACGGCACGGUUGGCCUUCACAUACACGCCGUCCGUGGCCGACGCAGACGUGGACAUCAUCCUGUCCAUCCCCAUGUUCUUGCGCCUCUAUUUAAUUGGCCGUGUCAUGCUGCUGCACAGCAAACUGUUCACAGACGCUUCGUCACGCAGCAUAGGCGCACUCAACAAGAUCAACUUCAACACACGCUUCGUCAUGAAGACCCUCAUGACCAUCUGCCCCGGCACCGUGUUGCUCGUCUUCAGCAUCUCCUCGUGGAUUAUUGCAGCGUGGACGGUGCGCGUGUGUGAAAGAUAUCACGAUAAACAGGAAGUGACGAGUAACUUCCUGGGUGCAAUGUGGUUGAUCUCCAUCACCUUCCUGUCCAUUGGUUAUGGAGACAUGGUGCCACACACCUACUGCGGGAAAGGAGUGUGUCUGCUGACGGGAAUCAUGGGGGCGGGCUGCACUGCGCUGGUGGUCGCCGUGGUGGCCAGAAAGCUCGAGCUGACCAAGGCGGAGAAACAUGUUCAUAACUUUAUGAUGGACACUCAACUUUGCAAAAGAGUGAAGAACACGGCUGCUAACGUACUCAGGGAAACGUGGCUCAUCUACAAACACACCAAGCUAGUGAAGAAGAUCGACCACGCCAAGGUCAGGAAACACCAGCGCAAGUUCCUGCAGGCGAUCCACCAAGCUCAGAAACUGCGCAGCGUGAAGAUGGAACAGAGGAAGCUGAAUGAUCAGGCCAACACACUUGUCGACUUAGCCAAGACGCAGAAUGUGAUGUAUGACCUAGUGUCAGAGCUGCAGGAGCGCAGUGAAGAGCUGGAUAAGCGGAUCGGUCAUUUAGAGGAGAAGCUGGACUCCAUCGCUCUGAGUGUCCAGUCUCUCCCCGAGCUGCUGAACAGAGCCAUAACGCAACAGCAGCGCCACCUGCUGGACGGCCUCAUUCAUCACUCCACACACUCCACACACUCCUCACACUCCUCACACACCAGCUCGGCAUCGGUACGCCGCCGGAGGUCACCGUCCACCGCUCCACACACGUCCUCUGACAGUGGCUAACACACACUUACAAACACAAAAACACACACAUAUACACACACAUUAUAGACACACCUGUGCUUCUCUGAUUAACAUGGCUCGAGAAAAAAAGACUUUAAUGACUUUAACACACUGACACGAAAAAAGAAGAAAAGAAAUAAAAAAUAACGUAAUGAGUUAACAGUUCAUGGUAGACAUAUGGUUUACGUUUAGCCAUUGUAUGGCUGUUUAAAGUUAGCUUUUUUGUAAAAGCCCUUGUAUAGUUUACGGACUGAAUCCAGGGUGUGGGGGGGAAGGGUCACACACACACUUGCACACUAAUACACACUGCUGGCUGAGAAAAUGUCAUCUUUUCUCAUGAGGAAGGACAUCAGCGGAGGACAAAGGAUGGAGAGAUGUGGGACUGAGCGAUGGUCGCACACACACACACACACACACACACACACACACACGGGCCUUUGGGAGCUCUGAACAUGAGCAAAGGAAAAAAAACACCAAAUGAUCAAAAACACACCAAAUUAUUAGAAAUGUCACAACUUUAACACACCAGAACACUAAUUACUGUUUGUCUGAAAUUAAUUCUUUGUCCAAAUUGAACCGAAACAAACAGAAAAGAAUCACGUGGAGGAUUUAUUAUUUUCUUUUGUUGUUGUUGUUUUUUUUUAUCUUUUUUUUUUAUACAAAGCAUGCUGGGUAAAAGUGUCAGGUUGGAGAAACGGAUCACUGUGUCCAUACGUACGCUUUAUUAACUUUUUAUUUACAUCAGUCUUUAUUUCAGUGCUCUGUCUCGGGAGAUUGUACUAAAACAUUCCUCUUUUCCCUUUUUGUUUCCAAGUGCCCAAAAACAGUUUUUACGGUAAAACCUCUUUAAGGUUUGUGCUGAUAAGUUUUUAUACCACAACAGUUUACUAUAUUAUCACCAUAUUAUUGAGCUGAGAAAAAGUGAUGACGAUGAUGAUGACGAUGGUGGUGGUGAUGACGAUGAUGAUGAUGAUGAUUAUAAUGGUGAUGAUGAUGAUGAUGGUUGUGAUGAUUAUGUUUUUAACCUUCAGUAUGAUGUGCUGAUGGUGGUGGAAUAUUAGCAUCUGGACUUAAACAGUAAUAAAGUAAUAUUAUAAAACUAUCAAUAAUUAGCUAGCAAACCAACUAUAAAAUACAUUUGAUUUUAUUUAAGAAAAUAAGAAUAUUAUUUCGGUCCAGUCAGCUGCGUCCCUGAGUGUAACGCUAACCAGCUAUCCUGAUUUUUAUAGAACGGAGGCUAACAAGAUUAUCUCAGUCAUGUAUACGGCUAGUUCUGUUUAGCUCAGCGUAACGCUAACCUGCUAGUUCUAUGUCAAAUACAAUAAACUUAGAAAUUAGCAAGUUUAACACAUUUUGGCUAAAUAAACAGAAGGUCGUUGUCAUGGUAACGUUAAACUUUACUCCAAUAAUGUGACAUAGUGAAGUAAGUCAGAAGAAACAUCAUGAUGUCGAACCCUCUGAGAAGGCGAUGAGGGUGGAGAUGUAGAGGAACUCCUUCCUCAGAGUCUUCCUCGGAGUCUUCCUCAGUCUUCCUUACCAUUACAUUUAUCGGUUUAAAAUGAAACUUCACUUGCGAGUUAUUUGUGUUCAGCCGCAUUCGUCAUGUUUUUGUUGUUGCGAUGCGAACUAACUUUAAUAUCGAUCUAAUUUACAAACUAGCAAGCAUAUGGUCCAAAUUAUUAUUUUUUUAUUAAAACUAUAAUCUAAAAAAUAUUAAAUAAAUAAAGAUUUUUUUUAUUAUUACAAUUUUAGAGAUUUUUAAGAUUACAGUUAAAGUGUCUGUCGGUGUUUCUGAGGGAUUUGUGUGUGCAGAAGAACACCAUCACCAUCAGCUCACUGGUGAAGGGAAUUAUGGGAUUUCAUUCUUACAUUCUUUGUUUUUUCCUCUUUUUUUGAGAUAGUAGUUUGUAAGUAUUGUGAUGUUAUUGUUUAUCUGAUUAUCAGCACGUUCCUGAAGUCUGCUCAACCUCGGUGACUGCAUGUUUAUGAUGAUGAUGAUGAUGAUUAUGAGGAUGAAGGGUGUUUGGAUGUGUGUGCUGUAAAACAGAGACAUUUUCCUCAGAGCUUCCAAGGGUCCUGUUGUCUCAGUGCUGUGACGUUGCAAUGCAAACGAGGACAGAUGCUAACCUACAGGGUGGCUUUAGGUUCAUUUCUUCCUUUCUCUUCCUUGAUUUUUAAUUUUUUUUUUAAAAAAAGAUUCCUUUUUUAUGAUUUCUCUAGGAUUUUUAUAGCGUGUAGAAGAGAAUAACUAAUAAUUCCUACAGAGUGGCAGCAUAGAUGAAUUCAUGCAUUCCUUAGAUCAAAGACCAAAAACCACCAAGAAUUAAAAAAAGAUGAAGAAGAGUCUAAUUUGUCAUUUGGGGUUUCAUCAUAGAUGACAUGAAAUUAAAAGUGAUUAGGUUCCCAGCUCUGUAUCUGAGACUAAAAUAUCUAAGACAUGGUUGUUUUUUACGGGUUUCAAAAAGAAAAAAAAUGAAAAAAGAAGAAUCAAACUGCCUUUACUGUGUGUCUUCGGCCGUGUUGACCAACCUGUAGCAGAUGAACAUGAUGCUGGGCUCCAAUAUAAAGAAAUAAAUCCACUACACUCCAGAA